AUGAGCUUUCUUUGGGAGCGCCUCCUCGCAGAUCCUGCAGCUGCCGUGCAGGAAAACCGUUGCGACUUGACGCUCAGAAGCGUGGCUUCUGCGGCUGCUGCAGCGCCGAAGGACGAAGGUGAGGCUCCCUUGGCCUCUUCGCAAGACGAGAUCGUCGUUCGGAUUGUUGACUCUCCUGGGAGCCAAAGACUGAGGCGCCAAGCGAUCGCGAACGCAGCGGCCUCUUCGCUCAUAGUCUUCAUCGUAGAUGCCGCAGACAAGCCUUCCCUCAAACAAGCAGCUGAAUUCCUCUUUGAGCUGUUUUGCAACCCCACGAUCUACUCCGCAAAGACUCCCCUUUUGCUGGUAGCCAACAAAAGAGACAGGCCAGAAGCUCGUGGACUGCAGGCAAUCAUAGAGGACGUGGAAAGAGAAAUAGAACGCUGUCGCGUGUCGCGACAGGCGGCUCUUGAGGCGGAGGAUGUUGCCGCCAGCUUCAUUGGCGCAGAAGGGCGCCGCUUCCUCCUAGAAGAUGCUCCCUGCCCACUGGGCCUCUGCUCAAGUGUUGGAUUGCGCGCAGUAGCCCACCCAGCCUCGUGGUCUUCUAUCAGUGAAUAUUCCAUCCCUGCGCCUGCUCGCAGAACAGCACACCAAGUUCAAACAGAACCUCCCACCAACCCCCAAGCUCCCCCGCAAGUUACCAACACUCUGCCUAGCUUGUUGGCAGCUACCAAUGUGACGCUACUGACGUUUCACGCAAAUCGAUGCAACAGGUGCAAACAGCAGAAAAGACACUAUCUGACGGGGGCUAGUGGCUACAAAGGAGGCAGGGGACGAGCUGACAACACCCCCUGCCUGCACGCUUCGCUGCACGGAUUAACAUUGUUAUGGAGUGCUACAUAUUACUUCCCGCGAUUUUCAUGCGGUUCUGUGGAGAGGGAGGGACCCUAUAUAUUCGGAAAUCCUCGGCGGCAGCCGCAGAGUCUAGUGCUCAUGACGCAGCCGUGGGUUGUUACGGUCAGGUGCUCUAAGACUAGUAGUGUCGCUGGUUCAUUUGAAGCGGCACCUCAUUCUGCUACAUCUGCUACCGGAUUUCGCGGGUGGAUGGCAGACGCUGGGGGCGUUUGCCAUCCACCCGUGCCAGCCUCGCGAAAACGUCCAUUUUGCAGUGUAGAUACACUGGGAGCCGUCCAGAUUUUCUCAGUAAACACAAUGCAGUUAAACAGGCGUUUUGAACAGCAAUGGGCCCCCUGGGGGUCUCCGAUGCUAAUGGCUCUUUUCAGAAGCCCUGGCUACAUAAAAGUCGCCCCCAAUAAAACCCCGAAUGAGAGCUGUAUAGCGUUUGUCGAACUAUAUUCACAUUGGGAGGAAGAAGCGAUAGGGAUACAUAGCGGAAACGUACAAGAAUGCAUGCAUGCAGAGCUCUUUCAGACUGCAGCAUCAACUAAGCACAAAGACUAA